GAGGUUUCAUUAAUGUUGUUAUGAGAUGCAUCUGCAUAUUUACAGAAUAUUAUUGGGUUAAAUUCCACAAAAUGACACCAAAUUGGGAUUAUAUCUGCACCAAGGCAGUGAGAUUCUCUUUAAUAUUCACAUCAUAGCUCCCUGGAAUAUAUACUUUUCACAUUGCUUCGUAUUGCACAUUUAAUAAUUAAAGAAGGUAAAAAUAUAGUAAUAAAAAUUCCUUCUAGAUUUUUCUAGUAGUUGAAUCAUGCGUGCUGAAUUGUAACCAUGGAUUAAAUUAUAUCUACACCGUUUAAUUGAAUCAUGUGUGCUGAAUCGUAGCUAUGGAUUAAAUUAUAUCUACACCGUUUAAAGCUCUAACAUCGCAAAAUAUAUGUAUUUGGUAUAUUUGGCAGCGCCCAUAAUUAGUUUCCAUCUGCGAACUGAAUUAGGAUUCUUCUAAAAAGUAAAUUCCCUAAAUAAACUCACCGCCCAAACUAUUUCCAUGUUUGAGUUGAAUUAGGAGUCUCUUACAAACUACUUAUAAAAACGUAGAAAUAUCAAAGUUCAAAUCAAGAAAUUAACAUAGAAUUUGAAGAAGCCAAUAUUGCAAAACAAGAUUAUCGAUCAAUCAUGACAAGAUAUCCCAAGAAAAAUAAAGUAGUUUCAUUAAUCGACACUAUUCCUCGUGAAUUAACAACUGAUAUUUUAUCACGAGUAUCAGCAUCUUCUGUAGCCGAUAUCUCUAGCAUUAAACUAAGUUGUAAGGGAUUAAGAGAAAUUGCGGAAGAUGAAGACGUGUACCGACAUUCGUGUUUAGACAAAUUUCCAAUAGUAAGAUGGACUCCAUUAUGCGACAAGCAACAAAAAUUUCUCAACAAGUGCAUACAAAGCGCCAAUCCUGAAAUUUCCUAUAGGGAAGCACUGUUGGAUUUUUUCUACAAGACAGAAAUUGGAUCAGCUUGUGAGAACUUGGACAAGGCCGUGAAAUCCGGCCACGUAGGAGCUCUAUAUGUUAGUUGCAUUGUUUUUCUCUUCAGUGGCGAUGAUCGAUUGAAACGGGAGGGGGUUAAGUUGAUUAGCAAAAUGAAGAGUAUUGGAUAUUUAAAGAGAAAAUUGAGGUUGUGCCGCGGAAAACUGAAGGAGGAAUUGAGACAAAUGUGGGUGAAGAAUCCGCUUUUGAGAGAGCCGCCCAUAAUUUGUAACGCACACCGUCGCUGCUACCGACGGGCAAAUAAAUGGGCCGACGAGGAAGAAGAGGAAGACGAUUGCGAAGCUUGUGCUGCGGAUAGAGAACUUGAGCUCAUUUCCAUUGCUUUUAAAUUUUAAUUAUUUUUUUUUUCAUUUUCGAGUAGGUUAAUUUGUAAAAAGAAUACUUAAUUAGUUUGUCGGACAAUUAUAUUUUUAAAUAUUAAAAUUUUAUUUUUCUCGUU